UACUUGCUCAGAGUAGUCAGUACUGCCGGUUUGCAAUGCAUCAGUCCCCACCUGUUACCAUAAUUCUAGGGUUUCCGCGUCACUGCCGUCGGAGCAAGGUGAGAUCCGGGCGUCGAUGGAGGCGAGCUCAGUGCCUCGCCAGAGUUCCACCCAGGAGCCGGAUGGCCCAUGCGACGGAGCGGACCGCAUCAGCGCCCUCCCCGACGACCUGCUCCUCGACGUCCUCGCCCGCCUCCCCUGCGCCGGCGCCGCCGCCCGGACCGGCGUCCUCUCCCGCCGGUGGAGCGGCCUCUGGGCCCGCCUCCGCCAGAUCGUCUUCCGCGACGUGCCCUUUCCCUCGCUGGAGGCGGCGCUCGUCCGCAUCCCUACUCCCCCGCCAGCGGUUUCCCUCAUCGAGAUCCGCGUUCCCCCGAAGCAGCGGCGCAGGGGAGAAUCCGCGUUCCCCAAACCCAACCAGAACCAGGACAGGGCGGGCAGCGCCGUCGUCAAGUCGCUGCUCCGCGCCGUCGCGCGGCUCGCGCCGGAGAAGCUCGUCUUCCGCCUUCCCUCCUACUUAAUCGGCCGUCACCGCCUCCCCAUCGACCUGCCUCGCUUUGACGGCGCCACCUCCAUCGCGCUGGACUUUCCCUCCCCCUUCUCCCUACGCGUGCCGGCCGGUGCCAAUUUCCCCGCACUGGAGGCGCUGUCCCUGACGUACUGCAUUACCGACCUAGACGCCUGGCUCUCCUGCUGCCCGCGCUUGCGCAAGCUCCGCCUCUGCAGGGCUUUGUUUCCUAACCAUAAGUGCGACAUUAGGGUCAACUCCCCGUCGCUGCAGGAGCUUGUUGUGUACCGCGAGCUCAGCUUGACACAGCAUGUCGACGUCGUUGCGCCAGCGCUCAAGGAAUUGACCCUGUCAUUUAGCACAAAGAAGCUGAUCAGCAUCUCUGUCUUGGCUCCAUUGGUGGAAAAGGUUUCGUGGCACUGCUGCUACUCGGGGUCGUAUAUUGUGUUUGGUCUUUGGGGCAUCAACAAGCUGCAGCUACAGACGGCAGAGAGACAAGGACAGCUAUCCUCGCUGCAAAUUCAUGCCUACGCGGACACGUCUUUUUUGCACGCCGAGGCGGGCAACUUCGCGCAGGAGAUAGAGAAGCAUAUGGUUGCGGCCUUCUCUGUUUUAGAGCUGCAUCUCACAGCAAAGGGGCAUGCUUUUGCAGGGUUUGUGUUUCAUCUCCUUGGGAUGGAUCGGGUUGGUUGUGGUACACAGAGUCUUAAGGUCAUCCUACGGAAAUCAGCGAUGAAAGGAGGAUGCUCACCACUUUGUCCUUGUGAGUUUCCGAACUGGAAACCCCAAAUUAUCUGCUUGGCUGCUCUCGAAGAAGUGGAGUUCAAUGGCUUCGAAGGAGAGGAUCAUGAGUUUGAUUUACUGAAACUGAUACUCGGAUGUGCACCGAUGCUAAAAAGAAUGAUUGUGAAGCUGUCACAGGAGACCUCGGCAAGUAAUGAUGGAUGCACAAAGAUAUACAACAUCUUCGAGGCAUGUUCUUCCGUGGAAUGUGAUGUUUAUGGCAACUCUGGGUUAAUGCUUGGUUGCUUCAAUUGAUCAUCUUGCAUGCUCUUUUGCCAAGAUUGUCCCUCGACAUGAUUCUCAUCCUUAGGUCUGUGGAUUCGUGGUGUGCAUUGGCAGGAUCAUCCUUAGUUCAGGGGAUUCGUGGUGCGCAUUGACAAAGUCUCAGGACUUUGCUUGGUUGCUUCAACUGAUCAUCUCGUGUUCAUUUGCCCGUGUAUUGUACUAGCUAUAUACAAGGAGCUCAGUUAUAUCUUGUGUGGUUUCUAUGAUGUUUGACUAUUGAAUUAAUGCACUCUACUCAUUUCGUGAGUCAAUUGCCUGAAGCUGAUUUAAGCCUA